AUGGCUUUCUUGGAUUCGACGAUGAGCCCUCGUUCGCCAUCAUCAGGACGAAUUCGGGAACUGUCGAGAUUGUACUCUUUCACCGGUACACCAUUGACCCCGGAAACCCAGUCCUCACCAGGCCCCUUUAGAAAUCGUGAUCGCAGCGUGUCCGAAAUAGCCGCGUCUCUUACGUCGGAUAUCACUUUGAAAGCUCUAAAUCAACUAGGACUUUAUCGCUUCAACUGUACCCAUUCCUUCACCUGCCUAACACUCGAUAAACGGAGACACAUUAUCGCAGAAGCCAGCAGCCCCGUUCCAUAUGGGAAGGGCCGACAGAGUCGGGAUUCUGGUAUAGAUUUUGGCGGAGACUCGGGAUCGGUUUUCUCUCAGAAUGCUGCGCUAUCUGCCGAUCGUGAUCAGUAUAAGGUGCGCGAUAUUGUCGACACCACCAUCAAGGGAGAAUGCUGUAUAAUUCUCGACAUGAGCAAGGAUGAAUCUUUCAAAAGUCACCCCCAUGCUGCGCAAUGGCCCCAUAUGCGAUUCUUUGCCGAAGUACCGAUGCACGACCCCGAAGGAUAUGUCCUUGGUACAUACUCUAUCAUGGAUGUGAGUCCACGCACCGUGUUCGAUAAUGCAGACAUUGAGGCUUUACGAGGGAUUGCGGAGUCAAUUGCAAAUCAUCUUUGGACUCAGCACAAGUAUAACAGGGCUGCGCGAAUGAUGAGUGGACUCUCGACAUUAGUACAAAGCCCCGGGGAUGAAAAGAAUGAAGUCCAACGAAGAGGUAGUCAAGCGCACGUGAACGUAUCAAGUGGAGGCAAUCGAGACCAAAGAGGCUUAUUUGCUACUCUACCUCUUUCAUCGCCGACUAGACGAUCAUCUGACGCGCAGGAAGCCGAUAGCGUUACUGUGCCAACACCGGGCGAAGUAUCACCUUGCACUAUGCGACCACAACUUCCAGAGGAUAACGAAGCAACUCCCACUGCGCCUCUUCCAAAAGAGCCCGAUACGAAAUUUAACCUACCGUCACCUUUACCAUUUGGGGAGUUCAGCGACAGCAUCAACCGGGUUAAAACUACAGAGGAUAGUCGAAGAGCAAGUAGGCUGAUAUCGGUGUCUGAGGCACCUACGGUUUCGCAACAGAUAUUGACCUUGUUUGCUCGUGCCAGCUCAUUGCUUAGAGAGUGCUUGGAUGUAGAAGGCGUUUUGUUUCUGGAUGCUUCUCGAUCCAAUACUCGAAGGAAUUCGUGCAUUAGCACAAGUAUGUCGGAUACAAGCCAGGACACAACGAGUACCGAUACUUUUGCGCAUCCUCUCCGAUCUCCAGGCCUGUCUUCUGAUGGCACGUGGUCGAAUAACACGGGAAGGCUUAGUGAUGUGUUAGGGUUUGACUUGGACGAGACGUCAAUCAAGAGCGCAACUACUCCGGCGUUUGGAUUUACGGACAGUUUGAUACACGACAUCAUCACCGCAUUUCCUCAUGGAGAAAUUUUCGAUAUCAACGAGCAAGAUAGCCAGCAGUUGGAUGGCGAACCCGGAUUUCCGGGGUUCUCUGCUCGUAGUCAGUUGAUCUGUCAACUCACGAGUCGCUUUCCAAGCGCAGAAUCUAUUCUUUUCUUUCCGUUGUGGGAUUGGAACAAGUCCGGAUGGUUGGCUGCUUGCCUCUUAUGGUCAAGAGAAAGUGGACGUUUUAAUACUGAAGAGCUCGAUUACCUGAAGGCCUUUGGUAACUCUGUUGUUUCCCAAGUUGCUCAGACUGAUUUUACAACAAAGGAGAGGGCCAAAUCAGACUUCAUCUCGUCUAUCAGUCAUGAGCUCCGUUCGCCUUUGCACGGUGUCCUUGCCAGCACAGAGCUAUUACAAUCCACGCGCUUGCAGCCUGCUCAACAGGAUAUGAUAAGGAUGGUUGAAACAUGUGGUAUUACUUUACUUGAUACUAUGAAUUAUUUGCUCGACUUUGCCAAAAUAAACAAUUUGACGGCGAUCAAUGCGAAAGGCAAAGCUCCGGAUUUGGCUACGACAUUCGACCUUGAUAGUUUAAUCGAGGAAGUGACUAAUUCUCUGUACGCCGGGCAUCGAUUUCCUAAGUCUGUCGACCAGGCCACAGGUCGGUUCCGGCCCGGGAGUGUUGGAUCACCACAAGACUGUAGUUCUGAGGUUAAGGCCCAAGAAAAGUUGUCAGUCGUCGUUCGCUUAGAAGAAGAUGCGUGGUGUGUCCGCUCUGUGUCGGGUGCAUGGAGACGAAUCGUUAUGAACUUGUUUGGCAAUGCGCUCAAGUUUACUAAGGCAGGAUUCAUCGAAAUGACCCUGUCGAGGUCCGACAUAGCCUCUGACCCGAAGCACGUGCUUGUUCAUCUAUCGGUGGCAGAUACUGGGUGUGGUAUUUCUCCUGAAUUCCUGGAAAAUAGGAUCUUUACACCAUUUUCGCAAGAAGACAUUCUCUCAGAAGGCGUAGGCCUUGGCCUCAGCAUCGUACAACAGCUCGUGACUUCCCUUGGUGGAUACGUCGAAGUCAAGAGUGAAGUCGGAGUUGGAUCGCAGUUCGACGUGUUUAUACCCAUUCAACGGCCCAGUGCAAGCCCACUGCCUGCCGUCCAGGUAUCCGAGGACAAGCAGCCCAAGAAAGUUUCCCUCGUCGGAUUCAACCCGUACGAUGAAUUGAAGAAGGGGCCAGCUGGCAUGCUGACUGCCGAAGUCAAACGGAAACUCGCGCUCCGGCGGUCUCUCAGUAGCAUUAUCUUAACGCAACCGGAGUGGAUGGUGUCGUUUGCCGAUUCCCUUAGCAAUGCCUCGGGUGAUAUUGCAAUUAUCGAGGAAGACAAACUACGAGAAAUAGCCUCCAACGGGCCUAUUCGCACAGAGUUUGGACAUAUAAUCAUUCUUGGUGAGUAUGGAACGCCCUUCGACAGCGACGAUAUCAUCAAAGAAGCCACCGUUGUCCAUGUCACUCAGCCUAUCGGACCGCGGAAAAUUCUUGAAGCCCUGAAGAAGGCACGACCUUCUGCAAAGGAGCAAGUCAAAAAAACCAAAUCUACGAGGAUGUCCACCCUGGUUCACCAGUCGUCGAUGAAAAAGCAUCCAUUAUCGGACGUUUGGACUGCGAAGUCUUCUCCUUCUCCACCACCACCGGAGAAGAAAGCCCAGAACGAUCUCCAUGUCUUGAUAGUGGAUGACAAUGAUAUCAACCUUAAGAUAUUGGAAACGUUCAUGCGCAAGCUUGGAAGCAGCUACACCACCGCAACUAACGGACAGAUUGCCGUUGACAAAUACCAACAAUCCGAACGCCGGUUCGACUAUAUUUUAAUGGAUAUCUCCAUGCCCGUAAUGGACGGCAUAACUGCAUCCGCCAAAAUCCGGGAAUACGAACAUGAACAAGGCUUCUCCCCGUCCAUUAUCAUGGCUGUAACAGGGGUUGCGUCGGCCGCGACACAGCAACAAGCUUUUGACGCUGGUAUUAAUGACUACUUGGUGAAACCGAUCUCACUUCACGAACUGAAACGAAUCAUGAAUAUUGAAUAA